GGUGGAGGCGGAUGUGCGCCUACCACGACCACUUUGACGAUCACGAAGGGCACUGGCGGUCAAACAGUCACUGAUACUCAAAUCAGCACCAUCACAGUCGGAGGCUCUGUGGUGACGUCCACUGUGAUUGACACCACGACAGUCAACGGAGGACAGACUAUCACGCAGACCCUUCCGGCGUCUACCGUGGUUAAAACAACCACCGUCAAUGGAGGAGAGACCAGUACCAUCACCCUUCCAGCAUCGACUGUGGUCGAGACAACCACUGUCAAUGGAGGAGAAACCAGUACUAUCACCCUUCCAGCAUCGACUGUAGUCGAGACAACCACCGUCAAUGGAGGACAGACUAGGACUGUGACCCUUCCGGGGUCUACCGUGGUUGAAACAACCACCGUCAAUGGAGGAGAAACCAGCACUAUCACCCUUCCAGCAUCUACUGUGGUUGAGACAACCACCGUCAAUGGGGGCCAGACGGUUACCCGCACACUUCCAGCAUCUACCCUCACCUCUACUAUCACCCUGCCCGGUGUAGCCAUCACGUCUACCGUCACUGAGACCACCACAGUGAACGGAGGCCAGACAGUCACUCGAACACUUCCAGGCUCUACUGUUGUUGAGACAACCACGGUCAAUGGCGGUCAGACCGUUACCACCACAGUUGUCUCUACUGUGACUCAACCGGGUGCUGGCAGUACUGUCACCGUGACCCAACCGGGUGCUGGCAAGACUGUCACUGUGACCCAACCGGGUGCUGGCAGUACUGUGACCGUGACCCAACCUGGUGCUGGCAGUACUGUGACCGUGACC